UUUAGUUAACGUUCCGAACACUGCUUUUUUCAUUAAGUGAACAUGUCUAAUGUUUGUGUUAUUUAUUCCAUAAUAAUACACAGUGACUUUAAAAAAGAAAAAAAAUGUCGUGCUUGUCUUGAGCAUUCAAUUUCGAUGAUAAAAGUGUUCGUAACAUCAUGCCAUAUACCGUCAAGAUGGUCGUUCCGAAAAAAAAAUGAAAAUUGAAAGCCCAUACAAAGUCACUGAUAAUGAAACAGAUUUUAAUUCUAAUCACAAAGAACAAGAAAAGAAAAACCAGGGCUAUGUUGUGGAAAAUAUUUUAGACAAGCGUAUAAAAUAUGAGAAGGUGGAAUACUUUCUCAAAUGGAAAGAUAAUAGUGAUACGGAAAAUUCUUGGGAACCUAUUGAAAAUCUUGAUUGUGAAGAUUUGAUUGAAAACUAUGAAAAAAGUUGUGUAUCAGAUGCUGGUCCACCUAGAGGAUUAUCUGUUCUAGAUGAUUUAAUGGAGUGCUGCGAUAGUUUUGAUGAGUCUGAUUAUAAUAAAACUAAUUAACUGUAUUAAUAGGAAUAAGAUUGCUGAGUUGAACUUUUAUUUUA